CUGUCUGAGCUGUAUUAUAUUCUACUAACAAAAGUGAUUGAGUGCGCAUAUCUACACUCAGUUACAUAUGGAAGUUCAAGUGUAAGUAAUAGUGUUUGUUCCACAUCUUUGGAAGAAGUGCAGGUUCAACGAGACACGGAUGGAGUAGAACCAACUUCUUGGGAAUCUAUUCCAGCUCAAGCUAAUGUGACUUUUGCACACUUUGUGACCAAGUCCAGACAUUCACCCAUUUUAAAUAAUUUAUUUAAAAUAAUAUACAAUAUUUUAUUAUUUACAAUAUUAAAAACUAUAAUCAAGAAAACUAAAUCUAGUAACUUAAUUAUCAUACAGUCCUACUCCCAAACAAUUUUGACACUAGAAAAUCCGGAUUGCUUGUGUUCAGACGACGGAAGAUUUUUGCUUGAAAAAUGUUUUGAGGUAUGUCAAAAACCGACGCAGGUUAAAUUAAUUAAAAAAUGUAAGCCUGGAUCAUUUUAUAAACAAAACUGUAAUAUUUGUCGUUGUCCACAAAACGGUAUUCGGGACGACAAAAUAUGUAUUAAUACCACUUGUAAUGUUAACUCGCCAAAAUCAAAUUUAGUUAGUCUCCUAAUCUCGCAAAAUAGUUGCGUUCCUUACACUUUCACGAGACCAAGAUGUUUCAUUUGUGACUGUAAUACGAAAGGCACUCUUAAUGAUAAUUCUUGCUCAGAAAUAAAUUGCACGAGAAACAUAGAAUCAUAUAAUAUUAAUUGGAACGAGUCAUGCAAUCCAGAAGAGAUUUUGCCAGUUUGUGUGGAAUGCAUUUGUCUACAAAAUGGUUCAUUCAAUGAGAAAUAUUGCACCAGAACUUGUAAUGAUCAAAAUAAAUUAAAUAUACUAGAGGAAUUAUUAACAGAUAGCCAAAAAAUACAAAAUUUAAUUACACACACUGAUAUUAAAAUAAUAGCUCCAAAGAGAUCAUGUGAAAAGAAUUCUAUAUUUUUAAUUGAGAACAAUUACUGUAUAUGCGCUAGUGGUAAAGCAAAUCUUAAAUAUUGCAAGCCUUUUACACAAGAAAAAAAUUAUACAAGUACUCGUAAUUACAGAACGUCUAUUAGUAAUCAACUAAAAUUUAAUGCCGAAACUCUUUGCCAGCCGAACACUUUUGUAGAAUUCGAUUGUAAUACGUGUUACUGUUCUAAAAAAGGAAAAAUUGAUCCAAAGUGGUGUACCUAUGACGACUGUGAAGCAAAACGGUUGAUACAGGAAUCAAAUAAACUAAACAAUUAUUUUACGUCAGAGAAAUUGUCAGACACUUGUACACCUGGAUCAAUUUUCAAGGAAAAGUGCAAUUAUUGCAUUUGCCCCGAAAGCGGUUUGUCGAAGGAUAAAGCAUGCACAAAAAGUUACUGUUCAAGUGUCGAUCAGUUUCAUAAUACUGUAAAUUUCACCUGUGAGCCCUUAGAUUAUUAUGAAGUAGAUUGUAACAUUUGUUUAUGCCCGAGAGAUGGAUUAAAAAAUGUGGCAAAAUGCACAAAAAAAAUUUGCGAGAAAAAAUAUCUUAGAUCAGAUACUUGCUCUCCAGGGCAUCUUUUUAGCGAAAAGUGUAAUGUCUGCUUGUGCCCGCUAAAUGGAAACAAAAAUGAUAAAGUUUGUACAAAUCAUAUAUGUCCUGAAGUAGCAACGUGGUCAAAUUUUGAAUUAUCAUCAUCAAAUUUAUUACAAGAUCGAAUUGGUGUUGAUACUAAAAGGAGUCUAGAUUUAUGUUUUCCUGGAGAACGAUUCAUAAUUGAUUGUAGACAAUGUGUUUGUCCCGAAACAGGAUUAAAAAUUUAUGCUAUAUGUGACAAUUCACAUUGCAAUGACAAGAAUCUGAUAUCAAAUGUAAGUACACACAUCACAUUUUUCCGCUCACUGAACAACAGAAUAUGCAACUUCAAAAAAUCACAUCCUCAAGUUCGAAUUCGUCGAGACGUCCCAUAUAUUCCAUACAACCUCAGCCUAUUUGAGAAGCAAUCCACACUAGAAUCCAUGUACAUUAUUCGGUAA